AUGGGUUCAUCAGAAAAUGGACAAAGUGACAGUAGUAAUGCAUGGUGGUUCCCGAAGAAAAAGACGGUCAGUAUGAUCAACGAUGUGGGUCCAGAGCUAGAUCUGACCGUUCAUUGUAAAUCAAAAGAUGAUGAUUUGGGUACUCAUGUUAUACCAUAUAAAAGCUUCUAUUCAUUUAGGUUUAAGCCUAAUAUGAUGGAUACGACGCUGUUUUUUUGCUCGAUGACGUGGAAGGGUUCUAAGCUGAAUUAUUUUGAUAUAUAUAGAGAGGAACGUGACAAGGAUAAAUGCAGUGUUCAUUGUUCUUGGAAUAUUAGAGCUACAGGACCGUGCAUGUGGAAUCCUGACAAACAGUUUUAUAAUGACUGUUUUCCUUGGAAUAAGCCCUGA